AUCAGAUAUGCAAUGUCUCACCAUCACAUGAAGAUCACACUCGAGCUGCUCACUUUGACUAUCAGGAAACAUCUGACUUCCAUAUCCGUUGAUGAUAAAUGAAUUCAUCAAUUUCUUAUUUUGAGUUUUUUUCUUCUUCUUCUUUUAGUUUAAGAACUUUUUUUAAGUUCUUGUAGUUUGGACCACGUUACAUUAGAGCUGCAUGUGGCUUCAGCAGCUCGGGAGCGAUGUCAUCUCUACUUUCUCACAACAAAGAUCGGCCGCACAUUCGAAAGUCGCUCUCUGACUCUUCCCCGACUUCCUCCGCUGCCACCACCAGGAGCCUGAGGCAUGAAAGACUGUCAAGAUUGAGCUCAUCUGGAUCCUCGGAUGUUUCCAACGACUCGACAAAGAACCCGGCCGAGUCCUACUUUCAGCGCAGAGAGAACCGACUGUCCGCGAGGAAAAAGGCCGUAGAAGAGACAGAAAACAAUGACUAUAAAAAGAUGUAUGAAAAAGCCCUGUCCACAAAUCAAAGGCUCAAAUCCAAGUUGGAAACCAGUAAAGAGGAACUGGUCCUGAUUCAGGACCAGCUGCAGAAAGUUCAGAAUGGAAGAGCAGGAGAUUGUGGCUCCACUGUGCUGGAGGCAGAAAAGAAGGAAAGCUGGAGUCUUAAAAAGAGAAUAACAGAUAUGGAAGAUCAGUUGAAGGUUAAAGCAGAACUUAAGAUGGAGAACCAGAGGCUGAAAGAUGAAAAUGGAGCUUUAAUCCGUGUCAUCACUAAACUGUCCAAGUGAGACACGGAGAAGAUGGAAGAGGAGAACACGACACCAGAAGCUAUAUUUAAAUGUGUAUCAAUAAGGAGUAUCCCCCGGAAGAAUGAUUGUCUAUAUUUAUGAGUCAUUUUGUAAAUGUUAGCCCAUUCUUCACCUACAUCCAAAUGUACUGUAUUUAAAUAAGUUAGACUGCCUGAAGGAAAAUACAUUAAAUUGCAUUUUAUA